AUGGACGACCAACCAUUGCUGCUUGAAGGACCAGAUGCCCAGGACCGAGAUCCUGGAAAUCACAACGACUUCCUUAAGGUAAUAUUUUAAUCUCUGAAAGGUAUUCUAUUUUCAAUUAGAAUUGCCAAGUGAUUAGGGACACGAAAAUAAAUAUAGCCUGUCUGACUCGCAGCCACUCAGGGACACGGUCUAACGCUAAAUGCUCCGCAGAAAGCAAGUUUCUGGAUGAAUACCUUCUUGGAUUCGAAUAUUGUGAAAAGAUUGCAAACGUAUUCUUCUUUUAUCAUGAGAAACUUAAUUUUGUGAUCUUGAGCAUAGCGUGCUGAACAGUCACGGUCUUGGAGGAGGUGGGUGGGGGGGGGGGGGGGGGGGGGGGGGGGGGAGAUUAGUAUAGUAAAAAAAGAUAUAGAGAAAACAGACUUGUAUGUUGAUGUUGAAUGAGAGUAUUAUGUGUGUGUGAUUAGGGUGGAAGGGUGGGCGAGGGGGGGGGGGAGGGGGGGGUGGGGGGGGGGGGGGGGGGAGGGGAAUGGACGAGGAAAACAGGAACGGCAAACCUUGUGUGACAAGCGUGACAAUAAUUUGUUUCAUUUAACUUUCCGCCAAACUUCCACUUUCCUGUAAACAGAUAUUUCUAAAAGACCAGAGGAGACUAAUGGUAAAUGAAGAUCAAGACAAAACUUGAAAGUAAUAGCCCUGUCACGUUUGUCACACACAAGCUUCUUCCUGCCGUCCUGUUGCGUAAACGAUCCUCCAAUUUCGCAGCAUUUCUAGGAAUCAUCUUGACAGCGUCCUAUCCACGCUGGAUGACGAAGUCAGCCAGGGUCAUAAAUUCGGUAGCGCAUUCCGUUCGUAUUUUUCUUGGGAGUCAAAAAAUGUCUUGUUUUUCUAACUUUCCCGUGUUUCGUGCCCGGCCCGAAAAGUUGUGUGAUUUUUAUUGGCAGCAACUUCGAAUCACGUGCAAGUCAGGUUGGAUUGCACAAGCAGAAAAAAGAUACUGCGUCAGCAAAGAAGGAAAAAGUAAGCUUACUUCAUAGAGGAGGACAAAGUCACGAAUAUGCUCUAACUUACGGCCCCCGGUCGGCGACUAAGACUUAAAAUAUUGCCUAGGUCACCCAGCCUGGCGACAUGCCGGUGUUGGUUUCUUGAUUUAAAGUCAAAAAGCUAGAAUUUGUUAUUUGCGACUUCGUAGCUCGCUCGGUCGCUUGGCGGCCUAAAAAAUAACGUUCCGCUCGCUAAGAAACCCAUGAGUCAACUUGUAUGUAGCAUGUCUAUCGAAAAGCUUUUUAAAAGAAAACGUUUUUACAUGUAAAUGGGGCACCGGGCGCGCGCUGUAUUCUCGGUUUUCAGUCACGUGAGAAAGCAGAAAUAAAAAUGGAAACCUUUUAAUACAUAAAGUCUAGAAUCUGGGAAAUGAAAAAACAUAAAUAUACAAAACGCCUUGCCAAGAAUCAGGUCUAUGGGACAGUUCAUAUUCGAGAAAUUCGGAGAAACGUUUUACCCAAAUCUAUGAAGCUUUGUAUGGAGACGCCAUGUUUGUGUCCCAGGUUCCCAGGUUUUAAGGUGCUCUAAUAUCACAUGAAAGUAGAAACUCAGAAGAAGCGAUAGUUUCUUAGUUUCAAUUUUGGUGACGUCAUGUUCCACUUGAAUUCACGUGAAACAUAAUCCUUCAUAAUCCAAGCUGCAGAUUUUCGAUUUUAACAGCUUUUCAAAAUUUGUUUAGGAUGGUUCAUUAGUUAUUUUUUCAAAAGAAAUUGCUACUUCUGCUCUGACAGGCGUAAAGUACGGUGGGCGACGCGAAACAAACGUUUUGUAUUUUAAAAAAUCUCUGAAUAAACACUUGAGUCGCCUCAGUUUCAUGAUAAUUAAAUAUUUUUACUUGUUUUUGCUGCUGUGUCUGCGAGACUAAAACAUAACUUUUUAUUCCCGUAAAAUACGAUGUAUAAAAAAUACGAGUAUUAUUGUGAUUGUUUUAGAAGGUAUGUAAAUCUAUAAAGUCCCGCAUUGUCUUUAAUGUCGUAAAAGUUAUUCCGUAUCACGUACUAAGAACAAAUACGCAAAAGCUAACUGGCUACAGAAUCCACUAAAAGCUCAUUUGUCCUGAACAUUUCACCUAAAUUAUAAAACGACGAAUUUCCAACAAGAUGAUCUAUUCAAAAGAGAUAAUAGUUCUGGGGCGGCCGCGGUUUCGUUAAAAUUCACAGCAGCUUUCCGGAAAAGCUCCACGGGAUCUCAGUCAUUUAUCUUAAGCGGAUUUUCUUUUCAACCUAAAUGAUUAGUAAAAAGAUUAUUUAUAAUGUCCUUAUUUUUGACCCAAACAUUUUUAUGAAAAUUACAUAAACAGACCACAAUCUAUAUUCUUACUUACUGUCGAAAACAAAGCAAACAAUUAUAUUAUAUAUUUUUAUGUUUGUGUUUUAUACUUUUGUUUACUUCUUCAUCGCCUUGCCGUAAGCAUCAGUUUGCCGUAUCGUAUUUUCGGACAAGUUUAAUUGUACUGAUCCAGGUCUACAACUGGGAGAUCCGGCACCACUCAUUGGUUUGUUGCUGUGGAGUUGCUGACAUUUUAUUUACUUACUUUCCCCUGUGUCCUUUCUGUCCCUUGUGUCCCCUUAGUCCCCUGUGUCCCUUGUGUCCCUUGUGUCCCCUGAGUUCCCUGUGUCCCCUUUGUCCCCUGUGUCCCUUGUGUCCCCUUUGUCCCCUUUGUCCCCUUUGUCCCCUUUGUCCCUUGUGUCCCCUUUGUCCCUUAUGUCCUUUGUGUCCCCGUUGUGCCCUUUGUUCCCUGUGUACCCUUGUGUCCGUUGUGUCCCCUUGUGUCCCUUUUGUCCCCUGUUACCCUUGCGUCCCCAGUGUCCCCCGUGUUUCCUGUGUUCCCUCUGUUCCUAGUGUCCCCUGUUACCCUUGUGUCCCCAUUGUCCCUUGUGUCCCCUGUGUCCCUUGUGCCCCUUGUGUCCCCGUUGUCCCCUAUGUCCCCCGUGUCCCCUGUGUCCCCUGUGUCCCCUGUGUUCCCUGUGUCCUUUUGUGUCCCCUGUGUCCCUUGUGUGUCCGCAUGCUCAGGAGGUUAAAGGAUUUUUUUUUUUAAGAAAUUAAAAAAUCUAAAAAACCAAGUUUUGCUAGAAAAUAAUUUGUUUUAUUUUUACUAAUCAACUAACACCUCACUGAUUUAUCAAUCUGGGUGACCAACUUGGAGGCCCGGGCACCCCAGCUAAAAUGUCUGUAAUCCCGAAGGGCUCCCUGAAAAUUUUCCUUAGAGCACAGCCUUGCGCCCUGUUAUUGGAAGUCUGAUACAUUACAUGCUAUCGUUGAAUGUGGAAGUGCAUUUAUUGAGGAUAUUAGUAUGCCCUAAUGCAAAUUUUAGCGAACUUCCCUAUACUCAUAUAUGGUAGUAAUAUUGAUGUAAGUUUUGCUUUGAGGAGCAAAGGAACCCUUGUGUGUAACUCAUCUUCUAGUGUAUUUAACAGAACAUCUCCGUCUGUCCUGCACACAUUUGUUUUUGAUACACUGCUCAACUUUCCAAUGCCAUUCAACUUAAUUCUCACUUACACCACCACAUCCCUCUUAAACGCCUUAGGCGUCUUCUUGUUUUUUUUUAGCAUACCGGUCCAUACCCAGGGACUGUCGUUGACCCACUGUCACUGACCACUCGUUAGUGGUCUUACAUUAUCUUGUUACAUAGGUGGUGCUGUAUAAGGUGCUGGGUGAAAGGGCGGGUGGGGUAUUUCUUCACUGUAGUACCUCCGCAUGAAGGUUCUGUUAUAUAAUAAAAGUCCAUAUUGUCACUGAUAUCAAUACACGAGAAAAAGACGCAAACAAGAGGAUAGCCUGGAGCAAGCUCUCCGGGGCGCUGUGGCGGCGGGGCGGGAGAAGGAAGGAGAGCUUGCAACUACUUUUCUGGGAUUUGAAUUCCACCUCCAACUCCCCUGUGGUUUCCGGUCGACUGAGCUGUCAGAUUUCCGGCAAUCAGCGCGAAGAGGAAACGAGCGUAAAUGUAACCAAAUAUUGAAAAACACGUGCCAAGGGUAAUGACGUCAUUACAAAUGUCAUCUCCGCCAGCCAGCAUUUCGCAUCGACUAUUUCAUUGCAGAUAUUCAAAUUCCAGAGACGUAGUUGCAAGCUCUCCUUCCUUUUCCCGCCUCGCCCCAGAGAGCUUGCUCGCAGGCUAACAAGAGGAAAGUUAAAAUUCUGAACCCUACACCAGAAACAAUGAUGAAUUAAAUACCACAUAAACGAUUACGUCAAAUCCUGGUUAUAAGCCCUGAGCUUUUGCACUUAUGCAAUUUCGGGUAAGCUGUCACGUUGUGGGGGGCUUAUGAUGGGGAGUAGAACUUGAGAUAAAAAAAAAAUAACAGUAAUAAUAAUAAUAAUAAUAAUAAUAAUAAUAAUAAUAAUAAUAAUAAUAAUAAUAAUAAGUAAUGGUAACUGGACUGAGUGGAGUCCAAUUCGGUCUGUAAUCAUACGAGUGAUUAACAAACUCGGACGACCGCGUAGCGGGAGUCCAAUUUGUUUAAUCACGAGUAUGAUUACGGACCGAAUUGGACGACACGAAGUUCUGUUACCAAUUAAUCAUAACUUUAACAAAAUUUGUGAUAUAAUAGGCUAUUUUUUAAAUCAAAACACAAGAAAUUGGAAAUUUUGUUUUGCUAGCAGUGAGAAAAAAAGCCAUUUAAGCGCGCGCGUGAUGGCGCGUACUGUCCAAUUACUUAAACAUGACGCGUACUGUCCUAUCAAACUGUCCAAUUAAGGCUGAAAUCAGGGCAGUUAAUAGCCAAUCAGAUUUGAGAAUUUUGUUAUAAUUAUGAUUAUAGUAAUAAUAAUAAUAAUAAUAAUAAUAGUAAUGAAGAUAAUAAUAAUAGAAUAAAAACAAACAAACAAACACAUACACACACAAACAAAAACAAUAAAAAAGCAACAAGAACGUUCGAAAUAAGCUGAUAAUGAAACUUUCAGUACAAGAAAAAUUCAAACCUCUCACUUAAGAUAUAAGAAAGAUUAACCUCGUUCCCAGGGUCAUCUUCUACUACUCCCCUCCUCUCCUAGGUUGUAAGAAAGAUAUGAAUGCAUAUCAUGGAUAGGCCUAUGUGGAGACGAAAGUUAUAACCAAGAGGAGAGGGGUGGGGUUGCCUCAAACAGGUCUUCAAUAAUCACUUCACAUCGUUUUUCUCUCGUAGGUCAGUUACACAGAUGUCAUUUGCGAGCCGCCGUCUGUUCGCAGUCCAGAGUGUUCGUACCAGUUCACCAAAAAGAUUUUUGACUACUCCUCGUCCGUAACCUAUGAUAUUCUGACGCUUACACUGGGUGGUUUAUUGUCCCUCGCCUAUGGUCUGUUUUUUGGACUUAUGAGCUUUGUGUUUGUUUGGCUUGUUACACCUUUCACCCGCAUGUGGCUCCUUCCCUUGGGAUUGUUUGCGAAAAUUUGGUGGUACAUUGUGAAGUGCUUUUACGAUCCACUGUACCUGUCCUGUGGAAGGAUUUUCUCCAACAUAAAUAUCAACUUUCGCACAGCUGCAAUUCAAAACGUGUAA